AUGUUCAUCGUCACUGGACUUUUUAUCAUCUCCGCCCUUUGCAUUUAUAAAUUUUUCUUAUAUCCAUUGUUUUUCUCCCCUCUGGCAAGCAUUCCAAAUGCAAAUUGGCUUUCGGCAAUCACGCCUAUCUGGAUGCAAUGGAAGAGAUUCCAAGGCGAGGAAGUUUCUACCUUCCAGAAUGCAUUCAUGACAAAGGGGUCUAUUGUACGGGUUGCGCCAAAUGAAAUUGCUGUGAACAACAUGGAUGCAAUCCGUGUAGUUCAUGGGUAUGCACAGAACAACUGCACAAAGACAAGCUGGUAUUCGGUUUUUAUGCAUAACGGCGCUCGCAACUGCUUUUCCUCGCUUGGUCCUGAUCAUUCCAUGCGUCGGCAUAGAAUCAGCUCAGUAUACACCAAACCCUAUGUUCAAGCAUCGCCCCAUGUCCGCACUUUGCUAUCUCGCCUGUUAAAGACACGCCUUCUACCUGCUCUUGAAGAACAUGCACGAGCAGGCACCGCAUUGGAUGUUCUUCCAGUGAAUUUUGCCUUUAGUCUGGACUUCGUGUCCUCAUUCAUUUUUGGUCUUUCUCGCUCUACAAACUUCUUACAGAAUAUCGAAGCUCGCGAUAGAUGGUUGGAGUCCUACGCAACAGUCUACUCUGGAGGACCUCUUUUCUGGCUUCAGGAAUAUCCUGAUGUCGUUGCUGCUACGAGGAAGUUGGGUAUAUCCCCUGUCCCGAAAAAAUAUUUCAACGCAGUGAACCGCUUUGAUUCCUGGAUCAUUUCCCUUGUGGACGCGACAGAGGUGGCAUUGCUUCAUUCUAACAAGAGCAAGUUUGAGCCUGGUGAAUUCCCGGAAAUGUACCACCAACUGCGAUCAGGCAUAGUUGGUGGAAGUGAAAAUUCAUCCGAUAUCCCUUCGUCAACACAACGUCUAGAGCUGGCCAGUGAAUGUUUGGAUCAUCUUGUGGCGACCCGAGAUACAUUCGGCAUUGUCUUCUCGUUCGUUCUUUUAUACCUUUCUCGCCAUCCCAAAGCGCAAGAAAGGCUCCGUGAAGAGCUUCAAACGAUGAAGACAGCGUUCCACUUCUCCGGUGGCACGGAGACCUCAAUUCCAUCUGCAAAGUCACUAGAAUCUCUCCCUUAUCUCAACGCCGUGCUCAAGGAGUCCAUCCGCCUACGAGGAAAUGUGCCCACCUCUAACCCACGCAUUACCCCAGCUAGUACGCUGACGAAACUGGGCCCUUAUGAAAAUAUUCCCCCUGGUGUCAGGGUCAGUGCCUUUGCCUGGUGUCUACAUAGAAAGGAAGAGGUUUUUCCAGAUGCAGAAGCUUGGAUACCUGAUCGUUGGCUCGAUGAUAAUCAGCAGUUUGCACCUGGAGAGCAGGAACGAUGGUUUUGGGCUUUUGGAACUGGCAGCCGACGGUGUUUGGGCCAGAACCUGGCGCUUGAAAUGCUGCGCUUCUCAAUGGCAGCCAUAUUCAGCAACUUUGAGGUUUCAAUCCAUGAUGACACACGGUUUAUCAAUGCAUCCGGAUUUGUCACUGGGAAAAAAGGCGAAAGUCUAGAGUUGAUGUUUAAGCCUCUCUAA